AUGCCCAUCCUUGCUCGCCUCAAACACAAGCUCUCGCGGCGCUUUGACGAGGACAAGUCGUCGUCGUCGCCCGCCUCGUCGCUGCCUCCCUCGCCCACCAAGCCUGCUGCGUACUCGACGGCGGCUGCCACCGACGCGCCCGCCGCCACAGCCCCUGCCACCAACGCACCUGCUACCUCGCAGCCGUCGUCGUCGGUUGACCCCGCUACCACCGCUCCCGCAACCGGUACCACUCCAGUGACUGCUCCAACCACGCCCGCUGCUCCUGCCAACGGCGACACUGCGCCCGAGGACGACGCCACUGAUGCGGACGGCCACAGCUUUACCACCAACGGAGCCGUGGUUCCGCGCGUCAACUUGGCCUACUUUACCAACUGGGGCAUCUACGGCCGCAAGUACGCACCUUCUGACGUGCCCGCAAGCCAGCUGACGCACAUCCUCUAUGCGUUUGCCGACGUCAAGCCCGACACGGGCGAGUGCAUCCUCACGGACCUGUGGGCGGACGAGCAGCUGCACUAUGCCGGCGACUCGUGGAACGACACGGGCAACAACCUCUACGGCAACUUCAAGCAGUUUCUGCUCAUGAAGAAGCAGAACCGCGCACUUAAGCUCAUGCUCUCCAUCGGUGGCUGGACGUUUGGGCCGCACUUUGCGCCCAUGGCGGCGGACCCUAAGAAGCGCGCGCGCUUUGUGUCGUCUGCCAUCGCCAUCCUUGAGAAUGACGGACUGGAUGGACUCGAUAUCGACUGGGAGUAUCCGGCCAAUGCACAGCAGGCGACCAACUUUACCUCGCUGCUCAAGGAGCUGCGCGCGGGACUGACGGCUCAUGCAGCCAAGAAGCAGGACAAGGUUCCCUAUCUGCUCUCGAUCGCUGCGCCGUGUGGUGCAGACCACUACAAGGUGCUCGAGGUGGCCAAGAUGGAUCAGUACCUCGACUUUUGGAACCUCAUGGCGUACGACUUUUCCGGCGCCUGGUCCACGGUCACGGGCCACCAAGCCAACCUGUGGAACAUCAAAGGCAAGCCACCCUCUGCAGACGACGCGGUCAACUUUUACAUCAACAACGGCGUUGUUUCCCACAAGCUCGUCCUCGGAAUCCCCCUCUACGGUCGCGGGUUCCAGAACACCGAUGGACCUCAGAAACCCUACAACGGUACGGGACAGGGUACUUGGGAGGCGGGUAACUGGGACUACAAGUUCCUCCCCGUCAAGGGGGCCAAGGAGAUGAUCAACACCAAGAUCGCGGCGAGUUGGAGCUACGAUUCGGCCAAGCGCGAGUUUAUCUCGUACGAUACGCCGCAGAAUGUGCUGCUCAAGUGCGAGUACAUCCGCAACAAGCGUCUGCGUGGUGCGAUGUUCUGGGAGCUCAGUGGCGAUGCUACCAAGACCCAGGGCGGUGCGGAUAGGAGUCUGGUUGCCUUGACGGCCAAGAAUAUGGGCACCCUCGACGCAACGCUCAACCACAUCUCCUAUCCCUUCAGCAAGUGGGACAACGUCAAGAAGGGCAUGCCCAAGUAG